AUGCAAGUUUAUGAACCCAAUUGCUCCACCGGUCACUUGUUCAAUUCCAACUGGGAAAAGUCAACGGAUCACAGUCCUCGCUUUGACUCUGCCCUGAGUUCAAUGGUGUCCUCUCCACCAGUAUCUAAUUCUAACAUGUCCAGUGAGAGCUUUAUGAUCAGAGAACUGAUAGGAAAGCUAGGAAACAUUGGCAACAACAACUGCAACAACCCUGGUGAGAUACCGCAUUCUCAGCCCAUGUUGGCGGCUUCGUAUAUUAAAACGACUGCCAAUAACAGCACCAACACUUCAUGCUAUACUACUCCUUUGAAUUCACCACCCAAGGUGAAUAUGCCUGUCAUGGAAAAAUUGAAUUUCCCCAGUUUGGGAAAACCAAUGGCUUUGAAUUCCAGUGUGGCAGAGUUCACAGCUGAUCCUGGAUUUGCCGAGAGAGCUGCAAAGUUCUCUUGCUUUGGCAGCAGAAGUUUCAAUGGCAGAACCAGCCAGUUGGGGCGAACCAAUGCUGAAUUGGCUAAUAGAUGCAAUCCGUUGAUGAAGAAUGCCAAGUUAGCGCGUGUUGCGAGUAGUCCUUCACUCAAGGCAGUUGGAUCUCAAAAGGGAAACAAGAGUUCUCCAUUUGAGGAUCGAUCCGAAUUGGCCAAUUCUCAGGAGUCCUCUGUAUCUGAACAAAUUCCAAACGCAGAGGCAGGUUUAAAGGCCUACAAUGAGUUGAAUUCCAGGAAAAGAAAAGCAGUUUCCAAGGGAAAAGCAAAAGAACCAGCACCAAACCCAUUGGCCAAUGCUACAAAGAACGCAAUUUUGGUGAAACGGGCAAAUUUUCUCGUUCAGGAUGCAGAAACUGAUGACUAUUCAAAUACAAAGCGAAUCAAGCCAAUUGAAGGAAAUGAGAAUGAAAAUAGUCUUGUUAAAGCAGAGGAAGAGCCAAAGGGAAGUGGAGAUGAUAAACAGAACAAGGCUAAUUCAAAGCCUCCUGAGCCCCCAAAGGACUACAUUCAUGUUAGAGCAAGGAGGGGUCAAGCAACAGAUAGUCAUAGCCUUGCUGAAAGAGUUCGAAGAGAGAAAAUUAGUGAACGAAUGAAACUUCUCCAAGAUCUUGUACCUGGUUGCAAUAAGGUCACAGGAAAAGCCCUUAUGCUUGAUGAAAUUAUAAAUUACGUGCAGUCGUUGCAACGGCAAGUUGAGUUCCUCUCGAUGAAGUUGGCUUCUGUGGAUACCGGCCUGGAUUUUAACAUGGAUACUUCAAAAGAAAUAUUGCAAUCAAGCCAGCCAUUGCCCCAUCCAAUAUUCCCAUUAGAUUCCUCGGCAGCAGCAAUGUUUGGCCACCAACCGCAGCAAAACCCACCACCGCAUGGCAAUAUUUCCAAUGGGACAGUGACCCAGUGUUCUAUGGACCCAAUAGAUACUACCGGACUAUGCCAAAACCUCAGCACGCAAUUACCCCCACUUGACGGAUUUACCCCUACUGUUCAUCAGUAUCCAACAUUCAGUGAAGAUGACCUGCAAACCAUUGUUCAGAUGGGUUUUGGCCAGAAUCCAAACCUGGAAACAACACUUCUGUCCCAAAAUUUCCACUGUUCAAAUCAAGCAUCCCGCUUGAAAAUUGAGCUCUAA